UUGCUUAAUUAUUAUGAAGGGAUAGAAAAAAAUGUGCGUUUUAUGCAGCCCAAUUAUGUCUGCAUAAUUAUGGUCAACUUUCAGCGGUUUUUGACAUGCGUACGUACAACAUUUGCACUAUGUUGUGUGAAUGCAACUAUUUUGGACAGUUGUAAAUGAUCACCAGUUGUAUGUAAACAAUAUGCAUGUAUUAUUUUGUAAAUACAUACAAUACAUACAUAUAUAUUGUACAACAAAAAACAACAAAAAGCGAAUGAACUGUCUGUAAUCUGUAGAUGUUUCUAUGUUUUCCCCUGAGCUGCAGCCAAAGGUGGAUUAUGACAGAUGUAAAUUUAUGUACAUAAAACUGUAGUGACCUUUUUGUUAUUGAUGUGACUGAGAUGUGUGACUAAAUUAAAAUAACCGUAACUGUUGUCAAGUAGUUUUUAAAGCAGUGGUUCUAACUUCAUCUGUCAACCUAAUAUGGCGCCCUCUGCUGCUGGAUGAAGUUUUACUUUCUUUCCUUUUAAAAAAAAAUCAAAACCUUUCUUUAUCUUGGGUCCCCUCUGCCUUAUAUUAUACAAGCUAAAAAACAACAAAAACAACAACGUAUUUCCCAAUAUAACUUUGCAUGAAGAAACAAUUAUCAAGGCCCUUAAUUGUCGUAUUUUUUAUUUUUAUUAAAAUAUAGUAAUGAAAGCGUCGUGGCCGUCCAGCAUCAGUUAUAUCCGGGAUAAAUUGUAUAAAACUGUAGUUGGGCUCCAUGAGUUUCAGGGUCACGCGCGCUUUUGUCAAACGCACACUCACUUUCCCUCGCGUGCGCGUUCUCGCUCGCUAUAUGUGUUAUAUUUAAUUUCCGGUUUUCAGGAAGAGGCUAACUGUAACUUCCGGGAAACUUGGGGGUGUGUACAGUUUACUCCAACUUCUUUUACCCUCGUAUGGACUUACAGGGUAAAGUUUUUGUCCUCUUGUUGUUUAUAUUCUAAAUGAUAAAGAUUUUUGUUGAUGUUGCUAACUAAAAAAAAAAAAAGAAGUGGUAAAGAAACGGGACGGGAUAAAUAAAAUUCCACAAGUUAAUUACAAGCAGCAGCUCUUCACCGUCGCAGCACGAGAGGCCCGCUGUAAUGAGUAUCUGUCAGGUAACCAAACUCCGCUCUGAUGUCAUGAAGAUGUAAUUGAAACCUUGCUGAAGGCUGCAGCCAGAGAGCCGACCGGAUCCCCGCCUCUCACCGGACUAACAUUCCGCUAAGAAGGACAAGAUCGGCUGUGGGAACAUGGCGCACUCACUUCGGAUUAACUUUCCCCAAGAAGGAGCAAAACUUUGCAGCGUAGCUACAUAGAAAAAGAUCGCACCAUCUUGACCCGGGCGAUAAGUUCGAGCGGCGGAGAGUGGAGAGAAGUGGAUGCAGCUAUUGUUGUGGACGCUGGCUGACUGUUUUCCUGCCCUGCUGCUGUCCGGCUGUGGGAUGAAAGAUUGGAGCCGCUGCCGCUGGAUUUAGCAGAGAUGGAAAAGCAAAGGACGAGGAAAGAAAAGUUUUCCCUGUUUGGUUCUCGCUCCACUGCCAGGACCACCACUCUCUCUUCGUCGCCCUCCUCUUCUACUGAACUAAUUCCUUCAGUAGCUACACUGAAAAGGUUGGACCGUUCCCCCGGCGGUGGCUCCUCAGGUCUAAGCAAAGCUGAAUUUUUGGAGCGGGUACGUCGCAGCAACCAGGCCUGCCAGCAGGGGGAGUAUGCGCUGGCCGUGCAUCUGUACAGUGAGGCGCUGACAGCCGACCCCCAAAACUGCAUCCUGUACAGCAAUCGCUCAGCGGCGUAUCUCAGACUGGGUCAGUACAGCACGGCGCUGGACGAUGCCAUCAAGGCACGACUCAUCAAUCCAAAGUGGCCAAAGGCCUACUUUCGUCAGGGGGUUGCCCUGCAGUACCUGGGGCGACAUGCCGACGCCCUGGCAGCGUUUGCGUCUGGGCUGGCCCAGGACCCCAAGAGUCUGCAGCUCCUUGUUGGCAUGGUGGAGGCCGCCAUGAAGUCACCUCUCAGAGACACCCUUGAACCCACCUACCAGCAGCUGCAGAAGAUGAAGCUGGACAAAAGCCCCUUUGUCGUCGUGUCUGUGGUUGGUCAGGAGCUGUUGACCCAUGGUUUCAACGGGGCAUCUGUGGUGGUGCUGGAAGCUGGGCUGAAGAUCGGCACCUGCUCACUGAAGCUGCGCGGCUCUGUGUUCUCGGCCCUGAGCUCCGCCUACUGGGCUUUAGGUAACGCAGAAAAGAGUAUGACCUACAUGCAGCAGGACCUGGAGGUGACCAAGACUUUAGGUGACCAAUCGGGUGAAUGCCGUGCCCAUGGGAACCUGGGCUCUGCGCUCUUCUCCAAAGGCAGUUACAGAGAAGCACUGGCCAAUCACAGGAACCAGCUGGUCCUGGCCAUGAAGCUCAAGGACAGGGAGGCUGCGUCUGAUGCUCUCAACAGUCUGGGCCAUGUGUACACAGCCAUCGGUGACUUCCCAAACGCUCUUGCCAGCCACAAGCAGUGUGUGCUGCUGGCACGACAGACCCAGUGUCAGCUCUCCGAAGCUCGCCAGCUGGGAAACAUGGGCGCCGUGUACACCGCACUGGGAGACUUCACCAACGCCGUCCAGUGUCACGAACAGCACUUGGAUAUCUCAAAGAAAUUGGAGAAUCGCCGCGAGGAAGCACGAGCGUACAGCAACCUGGGCAGUGCGUACCACACUCAGCGUGACUUUGAUAAGGCCAUCUCCUUCCACACGAGAGUGCUUGAUUUGGCACAAGACAUUGAAGACAGAGCCAUCGAGAUGAGAGCAUAUGCCGGUCUGGGCCACGCCGCCCGCUGCAUGCAGGACCUGGACAGGGCUCUGCAGCAUCACCAACACCAGCUGGAACUUGCUCAGGAGCUGCAGGACAGAGCGGCUCAGGGCCGAGCUUCGUCUAACCUGGGCAUCAUUCAGCAGAUGAGGGGAGAUUAUGAGACGGCGCUGAAACUCCACAAAUCCCACCUGGCCUUCGCCCAGGAGCUGGGUGAUUACGCCGCCCAGGGGAGGGCGUACGGAAACAUGGGCAACGCCUUCCAUGCGCUCGGCGUCUAUGACCAGGCUGUCCGCUACCACCGACAAGAACUACAGAUGUCGCUAGAGAUUAGCGAUCGUUCGUCACAGGCCUCCACGCACGGUAACCUAGCAGUAGCGUACCAGGCUCUCGGGGCUCAUGACCGGGCUCUGCAGCAUUACCUCCACCACCUCACCAUUGCACGAGAACUUCGAGACGUUCAGAGCGAAGCACGAGCGCUAGUGAAUCUGGGCAACUUUCACAGCUGGAGAGCAGAAUACGCUCAGGCCCUGCCGUACUACCAGCAGUAUCUAGCUGUGGAGCCGGGCCUGCAGGAUCUUGAGGGAGCAAGCAAAGUUUGCCACAACCUUGGUUAUGCCCUGUACUGCCUCAGGCAGUACAAAGACGCCGUCAGGUAUUAUGAGCAGCACCUUGGUUUGGCCAAAGACCUUCAGGACAAAUUAUCCCAGGCUAAAGCCUACUGUAACCUUGGCCUGGCCCACAAAGCACUGGGAGAGUAUAGCAAAGCGGAGGAGUGUCAGCGAUACCUCCUUUCUCUAGCACAAGCCCUGGACAACAACCAGGCGGUUUUCAGGGCUUUUGGAAACCUAGGGGAUGUUUGUGUGUCUCGAGGAGAUCUUCCUGGAGCUGUGAGGUUCUAUGAGCAGCAGUUAACCCUCGCUCAGAAAGUCAGUGACCUGAGGAUGGAAGCCGACGCCUACUCAGCCCUGGGCUCUGUUCACAGGCUGCUCCGACAGCAGGACAAAGCUUUGUCCUUCCACAGCCAGGAACUGACCUUGAGAAGGGACCUCGGCGACCAGCAGGGGGAGUGCCACGCCCUCGGUCACCUGGCUGCAGUACACAUGGCUCUGGGUGACUACGCCACAACCUUCCAGUGUUAUGAGACCCAGCUGGGUUUGGCUCAGGGGCUACGAGACGCCCGUCUGGAGGCCCAGGUCCACGGCAACAUGGGCAUCACCAAGAUUAACAUGGGCCUGUUUGAGGAAUCCAUCGGUUACUUUGAACAGCAGCUGGCCAUGCUGCAGCAGCUGAGUGGGUCUGAGGGCAUGAUGGAGAGAGGGAGAGCCUACGGAAACCUGGCCGACUGCUACGAUGCUCUGGGAGACUACGAGGAGGCCAUUCAGUACUAUGAGAAGUACCUGACUGUAGCUCAGAGUCUGAACCAUGUCCAGGAUCAGGAGAGAGCCUACAGAGCCCUGGGCAGUUCACACAGGUCUGUUGGUAAUCUUCAGCAAGCACUGGUGUGUUUUGAGAAGCGGCUGGUGGUUGCCCAUGAGCUGGGGGGAGACGGGGGGAGUAAGGCCCAGGCUUAUGGGGAGCUGGGCACCUUACACAGCCAGCUGGGUAACUACGAGCAGGCCCUCUCCUGCCUGGAACACCAGCUUAACCUAGCACGCGCAGCAGGGGAUAAAUCCCUGGAAGCAGAAGCUAGUGAUGCUCUUGGAGGCGUUUAUCAGCUGAUGGCAGACAAUGAGACAGCGUUACAGUGGCACCAAAGGGCUUUGGAUAUAGCCGAGCAGUUGAAGUGUCUGGGCAGCCAGGGCCGAGCCUACGGCAACUUGGGACUGACCUACGAAGCUCUGGGAAACUACGAGCGAGCCGUGGUUUUUCAGGAACAACACCUCAGCGUGGCAGCACAGACCAACGAUCUAGCAGCUAAAAUGUUAGCCUACGGAAGCCUGGGCAGGAUACACCAUGCUCUGCAAAACUGCACACAGGCUGUGAUGUACCUACAGGAAGGUCUUCGUCUGGCGGAGCAGUUAGGUCACAGGGAAGAUGAAGCAAAGAUACGGCAUCGCCUUGGUCUGUCCCUGUGGGCCAGCGGAAAUCUGGAAGAGUCACAGCACCAGUUGUACAGAGCGUCCGUGUUAUUCGAGACCAUCCGUCACGAGAUGCAGCACAGCACCGACUACAAACUCUCACUCUUUGACCUGCAAACAAGCUGCUACCAGGCUCUGCAGCGCGUCCUGGUCAGCCUAGGCCGACAUAAUGAGGCCCUGGCCAUAGCAGAGAGAGGACGUACACGUGCCUUUGCUGACCUACUGGUUGAGCGCCAGAAAGGAAGUCAACAGACCGCCGGCACUGACCCGUAUAUCCCGGUCACUGUAGAGCACAUCCUGGAGACGGUCAACAGUCAGAGGGCCAUGGUUCUCUACUAUUCUCUGGCUGGAGGAACUCUCUACAGCUGGCUGAUUUCUCCAGGAGCAGGUAUCCUAAAGUUUAAUGAGGUGUAUCUGGGCGAGCCUGGAUUUGAGAUGCAGGACGGCAGUGGAAGCCCACCAGGAGGAGGAGGAGGAGGAGGAGGAGCGGGGGUUAUCCCUCUGUCUCUGGACCAACUCAUCUGUAAUGCCAGAGAGGCUCUGGGAGUAGACAGCCAUUACAGCAGAAUUGGUUCCAGCAGUGAGACAGAAAGUGAGGCAGGAGAUCUGUUAGAGCAACAGUUUGAGGAGUUGAACAACAAACUCAUCACAGCCACCGACCCCACAGGCUACCUACGCAUGGUGUCCAGGAACAACCUGUUCAACAGAAGCUGUCAGAGCAUGACCAGCCUCUACAGUGCUACAGUGUCUCCGGUCACUGGAGGCCUUUCGUCUCCUCCAUGUCGACCAAGUAACAUACACAAACCUCCGCUGCGGGCCAUUUAUGACUUACUCAUCGCACCAAUGGAAGGGGGGCUAAUGCACAGCAGUGGUCCAGUGGGCAGACACAGACAACUCAUAUUAGUGCUGGAAGGAGAGUUGUACCUGAUCCCGUUUGCCUUGCUCAAAGGCAGCUCCUCUAAUGAGUACCUCUACGAAAGAUUCAGUCUCAUCUCUGUGCCUUCUUUAGCCAGUCUGGGAGCAACAAUCAAGCCUCAGCAUCAGCGUGGUGGGCCGUCACUUUGCACAGAUGGAGGUUCAGUGGCUGCAGUGGUCGGAGCGCCCCGUCUCCCCUCCAGCGUGAUGGGCCGCUGGUUGUGGGGGCCUCUGCCUUCAGCCCAGGAAGAAGCUCUGUGGCUGGGCGAUCAGCUCGGUUGUCAACCGCUCACUGGAACAAAUGCGACAAAGGAGCGCGUGCUGGCAGCUCUCGGUCAAGCCGAGUGCGUUCACUUCGCCACGCACAUAUCCUGGAAGCUGGCCGCCCUGGUCCUCGCCCCCGCCCCAGAGCAUGGAGCAGAGGGCACCAGGAACCAGCCCAGGGAAAAGUCACUGUGCGGGGUGUCACCUUCCACUGAGUCUGUGAGUCAGGAUGGGGAGAUGAGACGGUCCUUCUCCAAGAGCCACAGCAGCCCAGAGAAGCUGAGGGCAGCAGGUGAAGCCAGCGAGGAUGGAGACAGUGUGUGUGAAGUGGAGAGUGUGUGUGACACUCCAGCACUUCAAGACUUCCUCCUUACUGCUGCUGACGUCCUGGGCCUGUGCUUGAACGUCAAGUUGGUGGUUUUGAGGUUGUACCCAGAGUCCAACAGCAGGGUCACGGCCGACGGUGUGGUGGGUCUGACCCGGGCUUUCUUGGCAGCUGGCGUCCAGUGUGUGUGUGUCUCCCUGUGGCCGGUGCCUGUAGCAGCAUCCAAACUGUUCACACACACCUUUUACACCGCCUUGCUCAACGGCACCAAAGCCAGUGCUGCUCUGACCGAGGCCAUGAAGACACUGCAGAGCAGCAAGCACUUCUCACACCCGUCCAACUGGGCUGGAUACAUGUUAAUUGGGAAUGAUGUGAAGUUGAACAGUCCCAUGUCCCUGGUGGGCCAAGCCCUGGCAGAGAUACUGCAGUUCCCAGAGAAGGCCAGGGACGCCCUGAGAGUGUUGUUACACCUGGUUGAGAAGUCUUUGCAGCGUAUUCAGGGCGGUCAGUGUAAUCCAAUGUACACGUCACAGCAGAGCGUGGAGAACAAGGUCGGUGGUGUUCCCGGGUGGCAAGCCCUCCUUUCUGCGGUGGGUUUCCGGUUGGACUCUACCGGUAGCGGUACAGAACUCCCGGCGGUUUUCUUCCCCACAUCAGACCCUGGGGAUCGGUUACAGCAGUGCAGCACCACCCUACAGUCCCUGCUUGGUCUGACCCCUGCAGCUCUACAGGCUCUGUGUAAACUGGUCACAGUGUCUGAAGCCGGAGAGCAGCUUAUUCUCAAGCUUCACCAGGUGUUGGUGCAGUUGCAGUCCGGAGACAAAGAACACGACUUUUCCCUGGCUCCCAUUCAAGUGUCAAUAAGUGUGCAGCUCUGGAGGCUGCCGGGCUGCCACGAGUUCCUGGCAGCACUCGGCUUUGAUCUCUGUGAGGUGGGUCAGGAGGAGGUGGUGCUGAAGACUGGAAAACAGGCGAGCAGACGCAUCAUGCAUUUCGCCCUUCAGUCCCUGCUGGCUCUGUUUGACUCCACAGAGCUUCCCAAACGCCUGAGCAUGGACAGUUCUUCUUCUCUGGAGUCCCUGUCGUCGUCCCUGUCGACCUCCCAGCCUCACUCGUUGCCCCUCUCCCUCAGCUGUUACCCACCGCAGCCCAGUCUUCUGCCCCCUGUCUGCCCAGACAACCUCUCCUGUGAUGCCAUAUCCGUCUACAGCCUCAGCUCUCUCGCCUCCUCACUUAGUUUUCUGUCCAGGCCUGAGCCUGCAGGAAGUGACAUCAUCAGCCAGCGUUCGCAUCAACAGGAGCCAGACAGACAUCAAGGUGUGGCAGGCCUCUACUCUUCACACCACCAUUCAGGUGGCCUGUCAAAGAGACGAAUGGCCAAUCACGGAGGAGGGGACCAAGGGGAGGAUGAGGAGUACGAGGGCUACUCCAUCAUAAGCAGUGAGCCUUUAGGACGAGGAGGAAGAGACUGUGACACUCUGCCACUACCUGCAGGACACAGGCAGGGCAGAGGGGGAGGAGGAAGAGGAGCCAACGGGGCUCAUGGGUAUCCUAUAUCGAUCUCCUCCAAAGGCAGCAUCAGCACCCCCACGUCUCCCAUCAAAGCUCCAGCUCUGCCUGUUUCAGCCAGCCCUAAAAUAAGGAAGGAAAUCCCAUCUCCUCAGAGGACUAAGAAAGGGAAGGUCAGCAGUUCGGAGUCUGACCAGUCGAGCACUGAAACCGACAGCACAGUCAAGUCCCAGGAGGAGAGGACGAGGCCUGCAGGACAAAUGGAUCCCCAGGAACUGGCCAAGAAGAUCCUGGAGGAGACCCAGAGCCACAUGCAAGCUGUCAAGAGCCUACAGCAGGCAAACGUUAGGGGGAAAACACAGACUGAGAAGGAGCCGAGAGACAAGUCUCAUCCCAGACAACCUUCUGCGUCCACUCCAACAACACCAACUUUGACACCCACUGGUGGAGCACGUGGCUUCAAGCCCUCUGAGACCAGUGCGUUCAGCAGACCACCGAGCAGAGCCAGUCUGAAAGUUUCUUCGUCUCCGCUAUCUCUUCCAAGUAGUCGCUCACCCCUCCACCCUUCGUCGGUUUCAACUCCUCCUCCAACUCGCCCUAAACCUCCAUCCCGCUCUUCUUCGCUGCAGAAAAUCAGCUCCGGCUACAACAGUCCAGCUCAGUCCUCUUCUUUCUCAUCCCUCAACGAAAAGGAUCAGGGUUCUCCUGGUCCUGUAGCAGACGGGCUCACACAGACUCAGCUCAAACUCAAAUAUCCUUCCUCGCCUUACUCCGCCCACAUCUCGCCGUCUCACUCUCCUGCCAACAGCGCCCCAUCGCCGGCUCUGUCCUAUUCCUCCACGGGAUCCUCGGUGAGCCCCGGAACCACCCCCAAGAUGACGGACUCCAGACACGACACUAAAGUUCAGGCCAUUCACAACCUAAAAACAUACUGGGCCAACGCCGGCCAGAAACACGAGGUGCCAUGUCCUGCCAGUUUACUGCGAGGUGGAAACAAAAAGAUGAGUACUGUCCAGAAAGAUGUGCUGGGUUUGCUAAAUCUCUCGCCUAAACACAGGCCCCUGAGCAAAACUUCUGAAGGCUCUGAGGAUUGUAACAAUAUCAACACAGCAAACGGUCACCAAAAACUGGAGGCCAAGCCAUUCCCAGCUGCAGCUGCUUCUCUGUCCACUAACUCUAAAGGAGGCCUCAGUCUUCCCUCCGGGAAUGGCUACAAGUUUCUAUCACCGGGAAAUUUUUUUCCAUCUUCCAAAUGUUGAGAACCUAACGUCACUAUCUGCCAGUGCAUUCCAGUUUUCUGUUCUCUUUUCUGGCAGGAGAUGUUGGUUUGUAAGUGAAAUACAUCUGACGCCACCUGCAGUUUUUUAAAUAAAAGUCGCUUCAAAGGAUUGACUGGGAUUUUAUAUGGCAUUACUUUCCUGGAGGAGGGUUGUUGAAGAGGAGUUCAGGUUUUUAACAGUGCUUGUAUGAGGUACUGACAUACAGUACGGUCAGUGUAAUGCAGUGGUUCUUAACUGUUUUCUAUCACGCCCCCCCUUAAAGGACAAAAAUGUUUUCACCUCCGCUAAUUGAAAUACUAUUGAAAACCUGAUAAUAUGUAUAUUUUUAUCUGUACAAACCACUGUAUGAGUUGCUGCCAUCUAGUGACUGGAGGCUUGUUAUCAGUCAAGCAUUACAGCAGUGUGCCAUAUUCCAUUGGAAGCCCCUCGGGGCCCCCCGGCAAAUCACCAUCACAAUUUGAGAAGUACUGGUGUAAUGUAAAGCUAAGGAAACACAUCACAAAUACACUCUUUACAGAGGGAGUACACACCUAACAACUGUGUCACAGACUAAAACAAAACACAGCUGCCAAACUAUUGGGUGGUACAGUAUGGAUCUCAACCAACACUUUAUAGGAUCUGACUUAUAUAGGCUGCUGAUCUAGGACACUCUUGUAAAAGAGAUUUUUAAUCUCAAGAGGUUUUCGUGGUGAAAUAAAUUUUAAAUAAAAUUUAAAAAAAAUCUUUUUACUCGUGCUUCAGCUACAGCUCAGUCUGUUCCACUUCUGUGCUCCAGGUUCACUGUGCCACCACUCGCCCUCCUUCGCUUUUGGAGUUCCCUGUUAGCGUGAUGUUCUCACUGCUUCCCAUCUCCUGACCCUACUGUCCCUGUCCCACAUCAACACGUGUUUGCAGCUGAGUCGGUAAUCAGCUGGCACUGCCUGCCUGACAAUGUUUUGUGCCAAUCAGUUGAUCUGACUGUCCCCAACUACUGCAGACUGGUGCAGACUGACCACCUGGGAUUUGUGUCCUCAUCUUAAGUACGAGGUACGAGGAAGUGAGCUGGUACCAGAUUUUUGGUAAUGAGGCUUUUUAACGGUGAAAUUAGGCUUCAAACAUUCUUUUAAAACUCAUGAUUGAACAGAUUUGACCUGUGUUUAAUUUACUGUCUUGAUUUUUUUGUGUCCCUGCUUUUAAUCAAUGUCCUACAAGUCAGUCUGUCUAAGGAUGACUGCUACUACAUUCACACUACAGGCAGAGGUUGGAGAAGCCUGUUGUGUUUGGGCGGGGUGAAAGCGGGAGAGUGGUCUGCGACAAUCACAGCUGCUGUGUGUGGGGGGGUCGGGGGGCUCUCUGAAUGAUGGCAAAAACCAUCAAAUUGGCUGUAAUUUGCAUUUGAUACACACUGACAUAUAUUUGCUUACCUACGUCUGCUCCUGCACAUGUCUGUCACUGGAGGGCAGUAGACCGUUCGUUCACACUGGAGUCAGAUAAAAACUAAAAUGUGAACAACCAUGCAAAAAAAAAAGUGUAUCUCAG